AUGUUUGCAAUCAAGACUAGGGUUGAAGAGGAAAUGCUAGAACACAGCAGGCAUGCUGAAUCACCAAAGGAGGCUUGGGACACUUUUGUCACACUCUUCUCAAAUAAGAAUGAUGCAAGGCUACAGUUGCUAGAGAAUGAGCUCUUGGCAGUCUCACAACAAGAGAUGACAAUCAACCAAUAUUUUAACAAGGUAAAAUCUCUUUGUCGUGAGAUCUUGGAUUUAGAGCCUAGUUCUAAAAUUCCACAAGUAAGAAUGAAAAGAAUAAUUAUUCAUGGGUUAAGGCCUGAAUAUAGAAGUUUUGUUACCGCAAUAAAAGAUUGGCCAACCCAACCUUCUCUUGUUGAGUUUGAGAAUUUGCUAGCUGAUCAAGAAUCUUUGGCUAAGAAAAUUUUAGGAGUUUCACUAAAGAGUGAAGAAGAUCAAGCACUCUUUAGCAACAAAAGACAAGGGCGACUGAGGCAACAUAAUAACAUCGGAAGUAAUGAAAAGUCACGUAAACAACAAAAACAAAGCUUUCAAUCAGGGGAAGCUCAAGAGAAUCUUGAUAAGAGUAGUUGGACGAGUAAACAAAGGAACUUUCGAUGCUAUAAUUGUUAUAGAAAGGGGCACAUUGCAAAUCAUUGUUAUUCAAAGAAUCAUGUCGAAGGCAAUCCAGCUACCUCCAAAAAGACGAUUAAUACCGAAGAAGAAUGGGAUUUCGAAGCAUCUUUUGCGGUAGCAAAGUCCGAGAAGAAGGAUGCAAGCUCUGAAGAAUUGGCAUUGGCAGCAGUCAUCCCAGAACAAAUUAAAUACAAGAGAGAUUGGAUUAUUCAUUUCAGAUGCUCAAAUCAUAUGACUGGAGAUAAGGAGAAGCUAUGA